CUGAUCUGCAUCCUCUUUCAACUGGACUUGGGGCUACUACUUACUGUAUCUGAAAGACUGAAACUCAUUGGGAAUAAAGAUUUCUUGUAACAAUGCCGGAACCCACCACGAAAGCUGAGACUGAAGUUGAAAAUGCGCCACCACCUCCAGAACAAAAAGCACCACAAGACGGUGGAACUGAAAAGGGCAAAGUAUGGUCUAUUGGAGAAGGAACUCCAGAAGAGACAGAAAAACGUGAUGACUCCCAGAGAUCCACUUUAUUCAUUGAAAAACCUCAGAGUGGUUCAGUGAGUGUUGGUGGGAAUAUUACCUUUAUAGCCAAAGUAGAAGCCAAAGAUCUCCUGCGAAAGCCAAAUGUUAAAUGGUUUAAAGGAAAAUGGAUGGACCUGGCCAGCAAAGCAGGGAAGCACUUGCAGCUGAAAGAGUCAUUUGAGCGUCACACAAAGAUUCACACAUUUGAGAUGCAUAUCAUUCAAGCUAAAGAAAACUAUGCAGGGAAUUACCGCUGUGAAGUAUCAUAUAAGGACAAGUUUGAUAGUUGCUCUUUUGACCUUGAAGUCACUGAAUCUUCUCAGGCUGCUCCAUCUAUUGACAUCAGAUCUGCUUUCAAAAGAAGCGGUGAUGGACAAGACGAUGCAGGAGAACUUGACUUUAGUGGUCUCCUGAAACGUAGGGAAGUUAAACAGCAAGAGGAAGAACCUGAGGUAGAUGUGUGGGAACUCCUGAAGAAUGCUAAUCCCAGUGAAUAUGAGAAGAUUGCUUUUCAGUAUGGUAUCACUGACCUGAGGGGCAUGUUAAAGCGUCUGAAGCGCAUGCGCAGGGAGGUGAAGAAGAGUGCAGCUUUUGCCAAAGGUCUUGAUCCUGCAUAUCAGGUAGACAAGGGAGGUAAAGUGAGGUUUAUGGUGGAGCUGGCAGAUCCAACAGUGGAACUGAAGUGGUAUAAAAAUGGCCAAGAAAUACGACCAAGUGCAAAAUACAUUUUUGAGCACAAAGGUAACCAGAGAAUUUUAUUCAUCAAUAACUGUACAAUGACAGAUGAUGCUCGCUAUUACGUAACAGCUGGUGAUGAGAAAUGCUCCACCGAACUGUUUGUGAGAGAUCCUCCAAUUUUGGUGACCAAAGGCCUUGAGGAUACCAAUACCUAUGUUGGUGAACGAGUAGAACUGAGCUGUGAAGUGUCUGAAGAUGAUGCAAAUGUGAAAUGGUUUAAGAAUGGUGUGGAACUCACCAAUGAACCCAAAUCUCGGUAUCGAAUCAAAGUUGAGGGUAAAAAACAUACCCUGAUUAUAGAGGAAGCUGCAAAAAACGACACUGCAACUUACUCAGUAAUGACAACUGGAGGCCAGUCGGAGGCUAAGCUUGCUGUUGAUUUGAGACCAUUGAAAAUAUCCCUUGCACUAGAAGACCAGACUGUGAGGCUGGGACAGGAAAUCCACCUGAAAUGUGAGAUAUCUGAGAAUGUGGAAGGGAAGUGGUACAAAAACGGGCAACUGGUUGAAGCUAGUGACCGUGUAAAGCUUUAUCACAAAGGAAGAAUCCACAGAUUUAUUAUAGCAAGUUCUGCUGUUGAUGAUGAGGGUGAAUAUAUGUUUGUACCAGAUGCCUAUAAUAUUAAUAUUCCAUGCAAAGUACAUGUUGUAGAUCCUCCUAAACUACACCUAGAUGGUCUUGGGGAGAAUAACACUGUGACAGUAGUGGCAGGAAGCAAACUGCGACUUGAGAUCCCCAUCACUGGCGAGCCAACUCCAAAAGUCAUGUGGAGUAAAGGGGACAAGUGGAUCACAGACAGUGGAAGAAUACGGGCAGAAACAUAUCCAGAUAGCAGCUGUCUGGUUAUUGAUACAGCUGAGAGGGAGGAUUCAGGUCCUUUCAGAAUAACGUUGAAGAAUGAGGCUGGAGAGGACACAGCUCUGAUCAACAUCAAAGUGGUUGAUGUCCCUGAUCCUCCUCAGGCACCAAAUGUUACUGAAGUGGGUGAAGACUGGUGUGUUAUGACCUGGGAACCUCCAGCAAAUGACGGUGGAUCACCUAUAUUAGGAUAUUUCAUUGAAAGGAAAAAGAAGCAAAGCUCCAGGUGGAUGAGGCUGAAUUUUGAGCUGUGCAAAGAAACAACUUUUGAGCCAAAGAAGAUGAUUGAAGGUGUUGCUUAUGAGGUCCGUGUAUUUGCUGUUAAUGCAAUAGGAAUUUCCAAACCAAGUAUGCCUUCAAAGUCCUUUGUUCCUUUAGCUGUUACCAGCCCACCGACUCUGCUGGCAGUUGAUGGAGUGACUGAUACCUCAGUUACAAUGAAAUGGAGGCCCCCGGACCACAUUGGAGCAGCAGGUUUAGAUGGCUAUGUUAUAGAAUACUGCUUUGAAGGAAAUAGGUUUAAAACAUAUGAAGAUACAACAAAAUGGCAGCCAAGCCUGUCAUUUUAUUGUUCCCCACCUCAGUUAAAAUACAAUGGAUACAGUUGGGUGUCUCUGAUUAAUCUUAAUGAUGGAUUCUCACAAGGUUUAUCGACAGAUCUGGUUGAUGAAAUUGUGGAGCCACCUUAUAACGUAGCAGCGGACGAAUGGAUCGUGGCUAACCCCGAACUGACAGACAAAACGAAGUUUACUAUCAAUGGGCUGCCGACUGGCUCAAAAAUCCUUGUGAGGGUGAAAGCUGUGAAUGCCGCUGGUGAGAGCGAGCCGAGGUACCACCCACAGCCUAUUUUAGUCAAGGAAGUGAUAGAACCUCCAAAGAUUCGUCUACCAAGACACUUAAAACAAACUUAUACUCGAAGAGUUGGAGAAACUGUGAAUCUUGUUAUUCCUUUCCAGGGAAAACCAAGGGCAAAAGUAUCAUGGAAGAAAAAUGGCACUCCGAUAGACAAGAACCAAAUCAACAUCCGCAACACUGAAAAUGACACUAUCAUCUUUAUCCGAAAGGCAGAAAGGGGCCAUUCUGGACAAUAUGACAUGAAAGUGAAAGUAGAGAACCUGGAGGACAAAGCUACGAUAGAUAUUCAAAUUGUUGACCGCCCAGGCCCACCGGAGGUGGUCAUGAUUGAGGAUGUCUGGGGAGAAAACGUAAAUUUAUCGUGGAAGCCACCAAAAGAUGACGGCAAUGCUGCCAUUACUGGAUACACUAUUCAAAAAGCAGACAAGAAGAGUAUGGAGUGGUUCACCGUGCUCGAGCACUACCACCGCACCAGCGCCACCAUCAACGAGCUCGUCAUAGGAAACGAGUACUACUUCCGCAUCUUCGCUGAAAACAUGUGCGGCCUCAGCGAGGACGCAACGAUGACCAAAGAGAGCGCUCUGAUCGCCAAGGAUGGCAAAGUCUACAAAUAUCCAGUUUACGAUGAUUUUGAUUUCAGCGAGCGACCACUGUUCACUCAGCCUUUAGUUAACACGUUUGCCGUAGCCGGCUACAAUGCUACUUUGAACUGCAGCGUCCGGGGCAAUCCCAAGCCCAAAAUAACCUGGAUGAAAAACAAAGUGAUUAUAAUGAAUGACCCAAGAUACCGAAUGUUCAGCAACCAAGGUGUCUGCACCUUGGAGAUCCGCAAACCCAGCCCGUAUGAUGGAGGCACCUACACCUGCCGAGCAGUCAAUGAGCUUGGAGAGGCAGAAGUUGAUUGCAAACUGGAAGUAAAAGGUGGGCUUUCGCUCUUCAGGCUACUAAUGGAUGGAGUGCCUCCGCAUGUCAUUGAUUCAUAUAUGCGUGAAGUGCAGCCCGACAAAACCGAGGGAAAGUGA